AAUUUCAUUAUAUUAAUUAAUAUUAUUUUUAUUUAGAUGAAGUUUUCAUUAGCAGUGUUGCUGGUCUUCGGACUAACAGCUGUAAUAAAUUCAACACCAAUUAAAAAAAAUUUAAGCUCUCUACAAAUAAAUCUUUCACUUCAUGAUGAUCUUCAAGAUUUUUUAGCACUAAUUGAUACAGAAAAAGUAACUGAAAUUUUUUAUGAAUACGUUGAACAUGAUGAUGAAGUACAAAGUGCAAUUGAAUUUAUUGGAAGUAAUGAAUUUAAACAACUCAUACAAACAAUUGAAGGAAUGGAUGAUGUUGUUAAAUUUUAUGCAUAUCUUCAAGAAUCUGGUCUAGAUGUUUAUAAAGUUUUAAAUAAAUUUCAUGAUAUGAUUGAUUUACCACCAUACAAACCAAAAGCUAAAAUGAUAAAAAUAACAGGUGGUGUAAAUGGAUUAAUUCAAGAUAUUAAAUCAGUUCUACCAGUUGAGAAAAUAAAAGCACUGUAUUAUGAAAAACUUGAAACAUCAGAAGAUUUUAAAAAACUUGUUGAACGUUUACAAAGUGGUAAAUUACAAGAAAUAGUAAACACAAUGUUAGAAAAUGAAGUUGUUAUUAAUAUAUUAAAUCGUGUUAAAGAAGCUGGAAUUAAUGUUGAAGCUGUUGCUGAUGUAUUAGCAACAAUGUUUGGCCUUGAAUUUCCAUCAAAGCCAAUUAAAUUAACACGUUCAUUAUACAUUGAAUUUGAGGAUUUUCUUGAUGUAAUACAAAUUGAAAAAAUUGAAGAAAUUGCAUUGACAUAUGUUGCUGAAGAUGAAGGUAUUCAAGAAGUCCUUGAAUACACAAAAACACCAGAUUUUCGUGAUUUAGUUCGCAGCCUGGAAGAAAUUUAUGAUGUACGUGAAUUUUUACAGUAUCUAGAUGAAUCAGGUGUUGAUGUUUAUGAUCUUAUAAACGAACUUCAUUUGUACGUUGGACUACCACAGUAUGUACCAUCUAGGCGUUUUGUUAAAUCAGGAUAUGGUGUUAGUGGUCUUCUUAAGGAUGUCUUGAAUGUCAUACCAAUUAAUGAUGUCAAAGCAUUGUACUAUGAAAAAGUUGAAACAGAUCAACAAUUUGCAUAUCUUCAUGAACGUUUGACAUCACCAAAAUUCCAGGAAUUCAUUGAAAAAAUUCUUGCUAAUGAAAAAAUAUUAAACAGUGUGUCAGAACUUGAAGAUUUUGGUGUUGAUAUUGAUGAAGUUUUUGAAAUAGUUGAUAGUUUUAUUGUUGAUAAUUUUUCACCAUUGUUGAGAGAAGAAAUUUACUUACGUAAUGUUGAAGAUGACAUUAAGGAUAUCUUUGGAGUUAUACCUGUUCUUAAAGUAGCACAAAUUGGAAUGAGAUAUUUAGCACAAGACAGGGAAGUACAAGAAGCAGCUGAAUAUUUAAAAUCACAAGAAUUUAAAGGUCUUCUUGUUAAACUUCAAAAUGAAAAGGAUAUUUAUAAUGUUUUGAAGUUUGUUGAAGAAUCUGGUGUUGAUGUUUUUAAAACAAUUAAUUUGUUUAAUGAAAUUCUUGAUGUACCUGCUUAUCCAAAACCGGAAAUUUUAAUGUUGAGAAAAUCUGGUGUACAGGGUAUGUUAAAUGAAGUUCGUGCAAUUUUACCAUACGCUGAAAUUAAAAAAAAGUAUGAAGAAAAAUUAAAUAAUUCAGAGGAAUUUAAAUUUUUUAUCAAUCGUUUCAAGUCACCAGAAUUUAAACAUUUGAUUGAUGUUCUUGGAGAAAAUAAUAGCUUCAUUGAACUUUGCUGUGAAGCUGCUAAACAUGGAAUAAAUCUUCAACAUAUUUCUGACUUGAUAACAGAUAUUUUAGAAAUUGAGCUACCUCAAGUUCCAAAUUGUCAAGUAUUAUAAAAUGAUUUUACAAAAAUGGGAAAAGCUAUGAGUUACGAUAAUUUUCAUCGGAAAAAUUCAAGUUAUUCAAGAGAAAUUUUAUUACAGAUGUUGAAAUUUUUUAUAAAAAAAUAAAUAAAUUAUAAACACUACAGAUUAAAUGUCUUGAAUUUGAUAAUGUAAAUAUUAUUAUUUCUAUAAUAUAAAAAAAUAAUUAAAAUAAAUUAAUAAAUAUAUAAAUA